AAUUAUCAAUAAACGCAUUGCUAAACUUAGUCCUUUCUUACUAGUACUAUAAUGAAUGCUUAAUAACUAGUAUUUUUUAUGGAGAUUUGAUUGGUGAAAAUGACUACCAAGUGUUUGUAUUAAUUAGUCAGACACGUUCUUGUAGGAAACAGAAGCAUGGCACCAUUUUCUUGUAAUGGCACCAGAAUCAUCUUGAAUAAUCAAGUUCUGGGUUCUCAAGGUACACAUUUAGAGAUGAAUAAUCGAGUUCCAAAGAUUGAUAUAGAAUCCAUGGAGAAUGUUGAUUCAAGUUCAUCGUCUAAUAAGACGGACGAAUUAUGUUGGGACAUAUUACUGUGGUUAAGAACAGCUGCAUUGGAUCCUUGCAAGCAAAAGCCACCACUGGAGAAACUUAGGAGGAGACAGAUUCUUAAAGCACGGGAACAUAUCUCUCUGAGCACUACUGAAUUUCCAUGGAAAAAGCGGAGACUUGAUCUGGUAGAAAAUAAAAGUGCCAUUAGCCCUCCUCUAGCAAAAACAAUUGAGCAAACUUCUUUUGCUUCUUCAGUUUCAUGCUUAAUCAGUUGCACUGACUCGACUGAGAUGUCUCAGCAAUGUAUUUGCAAACCCAUCUCAGUGGAGUCGUCGAGAUGUCGUAAUGAUUUCUCAAGAAAAAGGGUCCGAGAUAGUCAUUUUGACGGAUUUAAGGAUUUUAUUAGUGUUACAUUGACUCCAGAAAAGCCAAACAUUCAGAAUAUACUUAUGAACCAGUCACUGAAGGAGAUCAACAAACUUCCAUUGAAGCGGGUGCGUACGCCUGAAGCUAAGAUAACCACCAAAAAAAAAUCAUAUUUGUGUGACUCUGUUGGUUCAGUAGAUAAUUUAAGUGUGUCGAGUGAAAAUAGUCAAGAGAAACAUAAGACGGCUCGUAGGUCACCCGGGUUACAGAACCAGUCACUGACGGAGAGGAACAGUCUUCCACUGAAGCAGGUGUGUACUCCUGAAGCUAAGAUAACCACCAAAAAGGAUUCACCUUUGUCUGACUCUGUUGAUUCAGUAGAUAAUUUAAGUGUGUCGAGUGAAAAUAGUCAAGAGAAGCAUAAAACAGCUCGUAGGUCACCCAGGUUACAUAACUUCAUUGGUGAUGAUCUCCCAAGAAUUGAAGUUAAAAUUGGCAAGCGUCAUCAGGCUGACAUUCCAGAUUGGAUAGGGCCGAGGAAAAGUGAUAAUUCCUCAACUGAUGGUCAAAGUGAUUCAUUUGAUUCAAGGUAUAUGGGAACCAAGAUAUGGCCAAUUGAAGGCAAAAGCACAGAAACUAAUAAAGAAGAACGGAUUGGAAAGGGGAGAUCAAACUCAUGCUCCUGCUACUCAAAGGGGUGUGGAGGUUGCAUCAAACUUCAUGUAUUUAAGAAAGGACUCCAGCUACAAGACGAUCUAGGAACUGCUUUCUUUACUUGGAAAUUCGAUGAAAUGGGUGAAGAAGUUUCAAAUUCGUGGACAGCAGCGGAACAGCGGUGUUUUGAAACUCUUGUGAAAACAGACCCUACAACCCAGACCGAGAGUUUUCUGGAGUCUGCAUUGAAGCGAUUCCCUGGAAAAUGCAAAAAGAGUAUAGUCACUUACUACUUUAAUGUAUUUAUUCCUGGACGCAUAAGUAAACAGACCAGGUUAGCCUCCAAAUUUGUAAAUAGCGACGAUAACAAUGAUGUUUUCGGAUGA